AUGAGCGAAGCGAAAAGGACGGUGCUCCUGGCGGAGAAAAAAAAUGACGACGGAUCAAUCGCCGUAACGAACAAAAAUAUCCUCUUCAAGGAGUGCAAACAUGCAAAUGAAUUCCGGGAGACAUUUAUCAACAUUGAAACGGACUACAGUCUGGACAGUGAAAAAGAAAGAAACAACAUCCCCCUGUUGAAGGUGUUUAAAAAAAAGUUAAGGGAAGAAAAGGCUUGCACUAGAGUAUUGAUCCUCUUCCAAACAUCCAAUGAAGAAAGUAAAAGGAAUUGUGUCAAGGACCAUCUGCUCAAGGUACUCCAGCAAGAUUAUAACCAAGCGAUCACAGGUGUGUGUAUCUUUGUCCACGUGUACUCCAUCAUGCUUCUAGAAUCCAUGGAAACGAAAAAUGUAUUUUCCUUUAUGAAGCAUCUAAAGGAGGUGGAGAAUGUUUCAGGGGUGCAGGUUUUGUAUUUCAGCGAGCUGAACAAGAAAAGCGUGACGGACCAUUUCGCCUUCUUUGAGUACAAUAAGGAACAGCCCAAGGGCGCGCCCCUCUCCGGAGAGCGCAACUAUGUGGAAGAGGUCUGGGAGCUGUACAUAAGUACCCUGCAGUUCUGUUGUCUCGUGAAAAACAGCUCAGAGCACCAGAGCAUCUUCGAAAAAAACGAAAACAUUAAAAAGAACUUGGCCCUUUUGCCCCACUUAUAUAGCGAUGACGCGAGACAGUACGUGUGGACCGCUGACGGUAAUUAG